UGCAGAAAGAGGGGAGCAGAGGAGUUUCACCUUCCCACCGCAGGAGCUGGAGAGUGGAACAAGGAUGGAAGACCUGGGGCCUCAGAUGCUUCCAACGCUCAGGAAACUCUCCCUUGAUGAUGUCAUAAGAAUUUGGGCUGCUAUGUCUGAAUACACUCAGCAAACGCUCCUGAUGAAUCAGGCUGUCAGAAUACCUGGAAUUGGGACAUUCUUGGUUGUUGAGCAACAGAUAUUGGAUGUUGGAUACAGUGAUGUAACUGUUGCGAGGCCAGUUUUUCUGCUAUCUGAAACUUUGGCAGAUGUUCAUGGGCUCAUUUUCACUCAAGACAAUAUCCCUGAUGAUAGUGCAAUUGCUAAACUGAAUUAUCUUCAGAUAGCCACAGAGACUGAUUUUCCUCAGAGGACUGUGAAGGGCUGUGUAAAAGAGAUUGCAUUUUCAUUCUGCUCUUGCCUAGCCAAAAGACACAAUGCUGAGCUUGUUUUUCAAGAUUUGGGCAUCCUUGUUGUCCAAGGGAAGGAACUGCAAAUGAGAUUUUAUCAAAAUUUUCUUAAAUCUCUGGAUUGGACUGGAAAGCUGUUACAAACUUUUCUCAGGGAGGUCCAGGUGAGUUUAGCUUCUCCUCCUCAUAUGGAAGCUGGUUUGUGCAUUUGA